AUGGGCCUGCUUCUGCUCCUGACGAUCGCAAGCGCGCGCCGCGCCGCGUGCCUGGGCCCGGUGCCGCCGGCGCGGGGGUUGUCGCUGCUGCGCCUGCGGUCGGGCGGCGGCGAGGCGGCGUCGCCGGCGGGGAUCUGGAGCCUGAGCGCCGCGGACCUGCGCAUCGCCGGGUCCGCGGCCUGCGGGUCCUACAUCCAGGGCUACACGACGGGCGUGCUCGGCGGGUCGCUCCUCUUCCUCGUGCCGCGCUUCGGCCUCUCGCCGCGGGCCGUCGGCGCCGUCGCGACGGCGACGACGCUGGGCUCCGUCGUCGGGACCGCCGCGGCCGCGCGGCUCGCCGACGCCGCGGGCCGGCGGCGGACCAUGGCGCUCUCGAGCCUGCUCUUCGUCGCCGCGGGCCUCCUCCUCUGCUGGACGCCCGGCCUCGGCGUGCUCCUCGCCGCGCGGUUCCUCGGGGGCGUCGGCGUCGGCGCGUGCGGCGCCGUCGUGCCCGUCUACGUCGCCGAGUGCGCGUCGCCGGAGAGCCGCGGCGCGCUGAGCACGCUGCGCGGCGCCGGCGCCGCCGCCGCCGCCGCGCGCGGCGCCGACCCGCGGCGCCGGCGCAGGCCCCAGCUCAUGAUCAGCUCCGGCGCGCUCACGGCGAUGAUCGCGACGCUCGCGGCCGCGCUCGCGGACGGCGCGGGCCUGCUGCCGCCGCGCGUCGCGCCCUUCCGGGCAGGACGAGGGCGCGACGCGCCCUUCCGCCUGACGCUCGGCGCGGCGCUCGUCCGCGCGGACAUCACACAGCUCCUGCCCGAGUCGCCGCGGUUCCUGCUCCGGCGGCGCCGCGGCGGCGAGGCGCGCGCCGCGCUCCGGGAGCUCCGGGGCGCCGCGCGCGGCGACGCGGAGUUCGGCCCGCUCCGCGACGCCGUCGAGGCCGAGGAGCGGGCCGUCGCGGGCGGCGGCGGCGGCGGCUGGGCGGCGCUCGCGCGCGAGCCGGCGCUCCGGCGGCGCCUCGCGGCCGCGAUCCUCGCGGCGGCCGUCGCCUACGCGCCGAAGAUCCCCGCGCGGCCCCGGCGCCGCGCGCCGCCGGCGCGAGCGCGCGGGCCCGGCGCGGCCGCCGCGAGCCUCGCGGCGAUCUCGCUCUACGGCGUCUUCUUCGGCCUGAGCCUCGGGCCCAUCCCGAACAUCUACACCGCGGAGUCGUUCCCGACGGGGCGGGACGAGGGUUCCCGACGCGCGCGCCCGCGCGUGACGCGGCCGCCGCGCCGGGCGGCGGCGCAGUUCGCCUCGCACGCGGCCGUGUCCUUCUACUUCCCCGUCGUCGUCGCGCGCCGGGGCCCGCGCGCGGCGUUCGCCGCGUUCGCGGCCGUCUGCGGCGUCACCUGGGUCUUCGUGCGCGCCGCCGUGCCCGAGACGGCCCAGGCGUCCCUCGAGGACCUCGCGACGCGCGCGGCCUAG